AUGCCUAAACCUGCUGAGAUAAAGAUUGGAUGUAAAGCAAUAAUGGGAAUAAAGAAAGAUGGUGAAAAGUGGAUAGUCAACAAGUUUGUGGUUGGACAUAAUCAUAUUUUGCUUACACCGAGAAGUACUAGUUUCCUUCGUGGACAUAGGGGAGUUAGUAAAGUACAAAAGAAACUUAUUUUGACCUUGUAUGAGUCUGGUGUACCGACAAGGAAGAUAAUGUCGGUAUUGAGUAAAGAUUCAGGUGGUGACUUUAAUGUCGGUUGUAUUGGGAAGGAUGUAGAAAAUUACUUGGGAAGCCAAAGGAGAAAAAUAUUUGAAGAGGGUGAUGCACAAAGGCUAUAUUCCUACUUUCUUGAUCGACAAAACAAAGAACCUGGGUUUGUGUUCUCCAUGCAAGUUGAUAACGAUGGGUGUAUGGGAAGUUGUUUUUGGACUGAUGCGAGAUCAAGAGCUGCAUACCAAUAUUUUGGGGAUGUUGUUACAUUUGAUGCCACUUACUUGACCAAUAUUUAUAAGAUGCCAUUUGUGCCAUUUUCUGGAGUUAAUCAUCAUCAUCAGACUAUAAUGUUUGGGUGUGCCUUAUUAGUUAAUGAAAUGGCGGAAUCAUAUAUAUGGUUAUUAAGAACAUGGCAACAGGCAAUGCUUAGGCGUGCCCCUUCAACUAUAAUUACAGAUGAUGACAAGGCAAUGGCUAAGGCAAUUGUUGAGGUACUCCCGAAUACAACUCAUAGGUUGUGUUUGUGGCACAUUUUACAAAAGUUUCCAGAACACUUAACCUAUGUAUACAACAAAUUUCCAGACUUUCAAAAAGAUUUUCGUCAUUGCAUCCAUGAAACAAUUACUACUGAUGAGUUCGAGCAAGAAUGGAAUUUGAUUGUGGUGAAGUAUGACCUAGGAGAAAAUACUUCGUUGCAAAAUCUUUACAGCCGACGGGAUAAGUGGGUACCCGCCUACUUGCGUUCAACAUUCUGUGCCGGUAUGUCAACAACUCAGAGGAGUGAAAGCAUGAACAAAUUUUUCAAAGAUUAUGUUCGUUCAAGCACUAUGGUUAGUGACUUUGUGCAUCAAUAUGAAAAAGCUAUAGAUGCACGUUACUUUAAAGAGAAAGAGAAGGAUGUCCGGAGAAAAUCUACCCGAGCGAUAAUGAAGACACCUUUUAAAAUUGAAGAGGAGGCAGCAUUGGUUUAUACAAGAAAAUCUUUCAUCAUCUUCCAAGAUGAGUUGUUUAAUAGUCUACGGUACCAAGCAAGAAGAUUGUCUCUGACUGGUGAGGCGAAGACAUAUGGAGUGACAGUUCAUGGGAUUCUUUGUAGGCAUAUCUUGUGUGUUUUUGGCAAGAAAGCGAAGUUAAAUAGAUUGCCAGAGCAUUAUGUUCUAGACAGAUGGACUAUUAAUGCUAAGAGUCAACCCAUUCCCCACAUUCCGUGUUGUGAUGCACAAGUGAGCGUGGAAGUAGAUGAGCCUACGAUGAGAAGAAGCAAGUCAAUGAUACAACUUUAUGACAUUGUAGAACUUGCAUCCCAAUCAGCAGAAAAACACAAUCAUUUCACACUUGCAUUGGAGAAGGUUCACAAAGAGAUGCUUGUAAUGGACGAGCAUGUAGAAUGUUCACGAGCAGUGCCGGCAAAUGAUGAUCAAAUAGACACAAAUGUCAAACUUACUCUUUAUUUGAUGCAGCAGGAUGCGGAAACUAAAGGUUUUGAGUCAUACGAGGAGCAGCUGAGGAAGGUAUUCGAGUCAUAUGAAGGAAGCUAUGCCAUGGUGUUUGAUAUAGCUCUAUUGAUUUUUCCCUUGGUGACAAAUAGAGACACAUUAUUUGUUAUCAUGGCAGCACUUCACUGCCAUUUAUCUUUGUUAUCAUGGCAGCACUUCAUUGAUAUUUGGUGGUACUUUAUAUUGUUUAAAGAUAUUUGGUGGCACUUCAUUUUCAUGUGA